AUGCAGCAUCAAGUAAAGGCUUGUGGUGACUCCAAAUCGACGACUCGCUCUUUACAAGGGAACCGUCGUUCAGGAGCUGCAUCGUUGAAGAAACCCUCUGGAAACGGAACUUUUCUGGCUACCGACGUCACCAACCUCGACAUGAACAGUUCGUUUCUUUCGAAAAAGUUGAAGAGGAACGGAAACCCGGUAAUCGGAAUGAACAUUCAAUCUUCGAAUGCGUUUUUAGGAGCACAACUGGCUGCCAACAACUUCAACUUCGCGCAGCAGUUAAAUCAUGCCGCCCUCUAUAACAACCUGGAGUUCCAGAUGGCUGUGGCUUCUGGGGACGUUCCCUCGUUGAUGAGUAUGCCCGCUCAUAAACCAUCGCUUUCUGUGUCUUCAAUCGACCCAUCGAUGGAUAUGAGCCAGUUCACAGAAGAAUUGAAUGCCAUCCAGAACAUGUCAUACUCUCCGAUGAUGCCAUCCUCCGCAGCUUUGCAGUCCAUUUUCGCAGCAAACGAUUCGUCUGCGAUUUCGCCCUACAUGAACCUCCAAAAGACGAGCCUUCUGCCCACUUCAACUCUUCGUGUUUCCGGUGCACGGAAAAAUCGAAUUGUUGAAGUAAAAACUCUCAAUGAUCGGAUGGUUAUCGUUUCCAUCGACCCACAAGCUACGGCGUCUACUCGUCCUAACAUCAUUCCAUUGAAUAGGCCACUCAUGAGUGUCGCUCAAAACUGCAUCGAUAUGACAAAGAAACGCCCAUUGUCUGCUGAAGCUCUUUAUUCGCGCAAAGUAUUCAUCGGUGGUCUUCCGAUUGAUGUUGCCGAAGAAGAAGUUUGGGCGACUUUCGGUGCUUUUGGAAAAGUCCUUGUCGAUUGGCCGCGCCGCCCAGAACACAACAAUGGAAGAGGAGGAGACAAUAUGUACGAAGUGGAGAUGGGUCGUCGCAAUCUUCGAUCUGUUUCUGGAUACGUCUUCCUUGUUUUUACAAACGAACGAUCGGUUCAAGAACUCGUCAACGCAUGCGAAUUUUAUGAGAACAAAUACUAUCUCCAAUUGUCUUCGCCAACAAUGAGUGAUAAAGCGGUUCAAGUUCGUCCGUGGCGCCUGUCAGAUAUUGACUACUUCUGUGAUGACAGCUGUUCGGUCGAUCACCGUCGCACAGUCUUCAUAGGAGGUGUCCCGCGUCCGACACGUGCGAGCGAUUUGGCUAGCAGUCUUCAGGACUACUACGGCAAAGUUUCAUAUGUUGGAAUUGACAUAGAUCCGGAGCUGAAGUACCCGAAAGGAGCUGCUCGUGUAACUUUCGCCAACUCUCAAUCGUUUGUUCGUGCCAUAUCGGGAAGAUUCGUGCAGGUCACGCAUGCUGAGACAAAUAAAAGAGUCGAAAUCAAGCCGUAUGUGAUGGAAGAUCAACAUUGUGAUGAGUGCCAGGGAGUUUUGUGCAAGCACAACUAUGCCCCGUACUUCUGUGGUGACUCGUCAUGCCUCCAGUACUACUGCGAAGCUUGUUGGGAUCGCAUGCAUUAUAUCGUGUGCGAUUCUCGCGCUGAUCAUCGUCCAAUGGUUCGCACUGGAGACCAGACUCGGAUUCUUCCGCGCCCACCACAUCAUCAGUCGUCUCACUACAGUCCACGCUCUCAUCAAAUGAUGAAUCAUGACUCAAUGGAAUCCUCCAAUCAGUCACGCGGAAAUACUUCAUCUAUUAUUUCGAGAAUCGUCAAUCGCAACUCUGCUGCUUCCGUGAUGGACCGUCAGACUACAAAGCCGUUUGCCGCCACUCCUGCCGUUAUUGGAUACUGA